UUUGGACCGUAUGGGAUUCGCUCGUUCUCGAGCCGGAGCCAAUAAAUAUAUAUAUAGACAUAUAGCUCGUUGGUUUGAUCCGGCGCUGCUGGCUCGCUCGUCUCGUCCGUUGCGCCUGCCGAGGACUGACCUGACGACCCAUAACCGCCUUGGCGUGGCCUGGCCCUACAGAGCUUCUCUCGUGUGGGCCGUGCGACUGUGGAGACGACUGGCCACGCAAUCUCAUCGUCAUCAUCAUUAUCAACCAUUGUCUCUAUUAGCACAGCCACAACAAUCUGACCAACAAACAUCAGUAAUAAAACGCAGGUGAUACAAUUGUCGAUUGUGCCACUGCUGUUGGUAGAAAGAAAGAGAGAGAAAAAGAGAAAGAGACAGAGUGGUAGUAUUAGUGCCUCGCCGCCGCCACCACCGCCACCGCCGCCGCCGUAGCCGGCUGCCAUCUUGGAGCGAGCACCGCCGACGUCGAGGCCGUCAACAGCCGGCCAACGUUCACCAACAUUCGAGUUCGGAAUGCGUUAGGUUUGCUGCUCCACUCGUAUGUGGGUAGCUGGGUGAAAGGGAGGAACACUGGUAUCAGCUGGCGUACAUUUUCAGAAGGAAAAUUGGUUGAGAACAGUGUAACAACGGAUUACAGCAGUGAAACCAACACCCAGUGUUUGGGUAAUAUGGCGCUUCCAAGUAGAGCACGAGUAUAUGCAGAAGUUAACUUACACAAACCUAGGGAAUACUGGGAUUAUGAAGCUUAUGUAGUUAAUUGGGGUCAACAGGAUGAUUACCAAUUAGUAAGAAAGUUGGGUCGUGGUAAAUAUAGUGAAGUAUUCGAGGCUAUCAAUAUCACAAAUAAUGAAAAGUGUGUGGUUAAAAUAUUAAAGCCCGUCAAAAAGAAGAAGAUCAAACGUGAAAUCAAGAUCCUGGAAAAUCUUAGGGGAGGGACCAACAUAAUAACACUCCAAGCUGUUGUCAAGGAUCCAGUAUCCAGGACACCAGCGCUUAUAUUUGAACAUGUCAACAACAUAGACUUUAAGCAGCUAUAUCAGACUCUGACAGACUAUGACAUAAGAUACUACCUCUAUGAGUUGUUGAAGGCACUGGAAUAUUGCCACAGCAUGGGUAUUAUGCACAGAGAUGUAAAGCCGCACAACGUGAUGAUCGAUCAUGAGAAUAGAAAGUUGCGGCUAAUCGAUUGGGGUCUGGCGGAGUUCUAUCAUCCAGGCCAGGAAUACAACGUACGCGUUGCAUCGCGUUACUUCAAAGGACCAGAACUUCUUGUGGAUUAUCAGAUGUACGACUAUUCGCUGGAUAUGUGGUCGCUGGGCUGUAUGCUGGCGAGCAUGAUAUUCAGGAAAGAGCCGUUCUUUCACGGCCACGAUAAUUAUGAUCAGUUGGUUAGGAUCGCCAAGGUACUUGGUACCGAAGAGUUGUUCGAGUAUCUCGACAAAUAUCACAUUGAGCUCGAUCCACGUUUCAACGAUAUCCUUGGCAGACACUCGCGUAAGCGUUGGGAACGCUUCGUACACGCCGACAACCAGCACCUCGUCUCACCCGAGAGUUUAGACUUCCUUGAUAAACUGCUGCGCUAUGAUCAUUAUGAGCGACUUACUGCACGCGAAGCCAUGGAUCAUCCAUAUUUUUAUCCGAUUGUAAAGGAACAAGGCCGAAUGGCCAUGGUGUCGUCAUCGCCUACUCCCAUGACAGGUUCAUUGCCUGUAGGUGAGUAGCGGCCCAGGUAUAUGAGAAAUGUUAAAGAAGCGCCUGAAAGAAAUGAAGCUGAUGUGCAUUGACGCUAUUUAUUUGAUAGCAAUUGAGUAUUUUUUUUCUUUGGACUUUGUAAGAGUCGUUGAAAAAGGAAAAACAAAUUACUAAACAAAGUUAAAUAUUUUGGUGGUUAUUUUUUUACUAAUGUUUUAUUCGCAUAGCCCUUCUUUCUUACAUACAACAUUCUUAUGUGUUCUCGCCGCCGACCAUCUUUUUUUCCAUGUGAUGUACAAUUAAAUAAUUAAUUUUCGAAUUGGUGUACGCCUGAUUUUCAUUGUUAGUAUAUAUACGCAUUAGUUAGGGUAACAAUUUGUAAUGUCAGUCAAAUGACAACAAAUGUCGUUACAUGUACAUAAAAUUUUUAAAAACUUUAUUAAAUUUUAAUGUUUUGAAAAGUUUCAUUCGAAUACAAAUAAUAAUGGUUAACAAUAAUGACGACAAUGAUUGUAAUGGAACGUAACGAGCUUGUUUUAAUAGCUUGGUUAAUAAUUUUGAAAGACAGAGUUUACAUUGUUUAAAUACAUCCUGUAAUGGCAAUUUCUUAAUGUUGAAUUUAGUAAAGUUUUUAAACAGUCAUUUGAGAGCUGUAACACGAAUAAAACAGUUAUUUUAUUUCCGAGGAAAAGAACGAAAAGUAAUUAAAAAAUUCAGUUUUUGAUUGUAAAAAUAAAUUGUAGUCUGAUCAAUGAUUGAUGUAACACACGAUCUUUAAUAAUACUUGAUUUUAUAACAUAACUCUUCUAUUUCAUACCCUUACCUCUGCUUCACCAACGUCACUUUUUACGUAUAUACCUGCAACGCUCGGAUCAGCAAAAAGUAUAC